AGCCUGCAAAAACACUUCCCACAACUGUCAAGAGAAGUCAUUUGUUUACAAUGGCAGCUGGCAAGGUCAGACAGGGCAAAUCCCUGGCCGAACAGAUUGCAGAUCUUGACGAUCCUACUCCAAAAGAUUUCGACCCUGAAGACUUGGAGCAUGGCGGACAAGACAGCGAUGAUGAGCAUAGUCCGGCUGCGGACGCGAAUGCCGGAAGGGAGCAUUACGAAGUUGUAGGGAAGGGUAAACUCCGAAGACAGGAUCCCAUUAAUCUUGGAAAACAAUACUCCGGGUCCCGUAUUAGCAGAGAGGCGCUGGAGGCCGAGAGUGACGACGAUCCUUUCAAGGCGCAUUCCAGUGAGGAGGAUGACGAGGACGAAGGCUACAGUGAUCAGGAGUCUACAGACCACGAGGAUGAAAGUGAACAAGAGAUAUACAGCGAUAGUAGUCUUGAGGAUGAAGAGGAUGCUUUUACAAAGCCUAAGAAUGCAAAGAAGCAGCCACACCGACGGAAUGCGGCGUCCGAUGAAGAAGACGAGUCCGAUGAGGAUAUGGAAUCUGACGGUUCAGAUGAACUCGUAGAUGAGGAUGAAGAUGAAGACGAUGACGUGGAUGAGGAAUCCUCGGAAGAAGAAGAAGAGGACGACGACGACGACGGCCCCUCCAAGCCCAAGAGUUCGAAAUCCGAUGACCGUGAAGAACUCCGCAGAUUGAUGGCAUCAGAUCAGAAAACUAUUGCGGCCUCAAUCUCUCAGGCCGCCAAGGCAGAUGCCACCAAGGGGAAAGCAGUGAAGCAGCAACGGUCCACAUUUGAUGCCUUGCUCAACACGCGAAUCAAACUGCAGAAAGGCCUGAUAGCCAUCAACGAACUCCCCGUCGCAGCGGGAGACGCUCAAGAUGUCGACGAGGAAGCCAUCAAAUCCGCCGAGUCAGCGGCUCUAGCCCUCUGGUCUACUCUUGAGGACCUGCGAAUUGCUCUAGCCGAUGCGCAGACAAAGGAUGGCUCGAAGAAACGCAAGCGUCAUUCCCCCAUCUCACAAACUACAUCUACAGCCUCACUCUGGGAACGAAUGGCAGACCUCGAGUCGGAGUCGGCUCCGCGCCGCCGCGCGAUCCUGGACAAGUGGUCUGUCAAAGUCCGAGGCACGGCCGCUAGCCUGCCCAAUGCACGAGGAAAACUUCUAGGAUCCAGCGCCAGCGGCCAGCAGACUAUUACUACUGUUCUGGAUGCGCAGAUCGCGACGGAAACCGGCGAACGGGCCGCAAAGCGUUCCCGAAAGGAAACCAAGUCCAAUGGCACCAUUGGCCAGAGCCAGAAUGAUGAUGAGGUUGAACCCGUCUAUGAAGACACAAUCUUCUAUCAAUCUCUACUCCGCGAUUUAGUCGAACAACGGAUGUCCUCAUCGGAUGCGAUCACCAACGGUCUUGACACGCUACACCUUAACCUUCCGUCGUCAAGGCUGUCCGUCCAUCCGGUUACCGGUAUGCGCAACGACAAGGUCAAGAAACCAGUGGACACGCGUGCUUCGAAGGGUCGCAAAAUGCGAUACCAUGUGCAUGAGAAACUGCAGAAUUUCAUGGCGCCUGAGGAUCGGGGAACGUGGACUAAGCGUGCUCGAGAUGAAUUCUUUGCCUCGCUGCUUGGGAAGACGGCUAGCGGGCUGUUGCGGGAAGAUGAUAGCAGCGCUGCUGAGGAGAGUGAUGAGGAUCAAGAAGAAGGUGGAUUGAGGCUGUUCCGGAAUUGAAUUUUCCAAUGUAGGUGGCAUUUACUCUUGGCUUUCAAUGGGGCGUCUAUUGGGUAAUUAUAAAAGGCUUCCUUUCAGACUCCUAUCAUGGGAAGUUUGAUUUGCACUUGAUUAUUCUGUUUUAUCCACCGCAGCAAUGCAGUAUCCAUUCGAAUAUGCAUAUGAAGAAAUUUCAACCCGGAGAACAUCCAUGCUCAAACCUGAGUAACCACAGCAAUCACACCAACAACGCCAUAAUGGUGAAGGACACAUCUUUCUGGAAUAGCAACAAUGAAAAAGGAAAGCCCAUGCAACCCGCCAAGCUCAAUCGUCAUAGAUGAAAUUAAUUCAAGGCUCAUAUCUCGGCAAUGGAAUAUCAUCUUGCACUGGCACCUGCACCGGCGACCAUGGUGACUCCGUUAGACGCGGGAGUCCCAUCAUCCUCUCAUGCACGGCGCGCUGGAGGGUUUCACGCCUCUCCUCCACCUCCUGUGGGGAGAGGAAACGGAUGGUUCCAUCGUGGUCCACGACCACGGAGCCGCUGAUGUCGUUGUAAGUGGGUAAGGUUGGUUCUUUAUCGUCGGUAUUGUUGGUAUAUUCUGGGGCUUGUACAUGCAUGAUCUGGUCUUGGUUUUCCUCUUCCUCCGAUCGCGAGGGUCGUUGGUUCGUUUCUUGAUGGAUAUCGUAGCCCGUCGGUGGAUUUGGAUGUGAGUCCAGAUGUGAAUCUCUGUCUGUGUUUAUGUCUUCGUGCCUUCUGGGAGAGUUCUGAGGUUUGUCGUCUCUUCGUCGACGGCUGCUGUCGGUUCGACGCAACCCCGGGACAGUGCUAGCGAUGCCCUGGCUGAGGGAUCGACGACGGUCUUGACUCGCAUUAGCAGGUGCAGAAGUCGAAUACUGGCUUGCAGCAUCUGUUUCAUAUAUUUCCUGCGACUGCGAAGGGGAUGCUGUAGCCUUGGUUGGAGUGGAACCUUCCGCAUGCGACGGCGGGAAGCUGACGUAUACUUCGUCCUGGCGAUGACGUCGUCUCUGUUGUCUUCGACGGGGAUAGAGAAUUUCUGUGAGGUGGAGAGGCAUUUUGGAUCAUGUCCUGGGUUUGGAGAGAGCAAAGAAGACAGUUAGCGGUACGGAGUGGCUAUUGGAAAUUUUGAUGGAAAGUGGUUGUUAUUAGAGCCAUCUUUCUCAGGGAGGAACGUCGGCUGGGGGGAAUGGUUCAAUCAAUUAAUCAAUUAACUUUCCGAUGAUCCAGUAAGCAUAAAAUGGGAUGGGAAAAGCCGUUGAUUGCUCAUCCUUGCUGGCCAGUGAAGGAGAAAUGGACGGUUUGAAGCUGGAGUGUGCCAUGCAGGGAGGAGUCGUCCGUCCAGGACGAUCGUCACUCCAC